AUGAUAUUGCGUGAUGAACAGUUACGAACAGGAGCAGAGGUUGGUGUGCAACUUGGUACUUUUUCACUUCAUUUGCUUAAGAAUUGGUCGAACUGUGUCGAAUUUCAUGCAAUUGACCUAUGGGCUCAUCAAGAACACUAUCAGGAUCCUGCAAACUCGCCACAAUCAGUACAAGAAGAGGCGUUCCAAACUGCUAAGAAAAACCUGGAAAACUUCAACCAUAUCAUUCGUUAUCAUCGUAAUUUUAGCCAUUUGGCAGCUAAGGAAAUAAAAAAUGAGAGUCUAGACUUUAUUUAUCUGGAUGCGAGACAUGAUUAUGUUGGUGUCGCGGAGGACUUGCAAAGUUAUUGGCCAAAACUGAAACCAGGUGGUAUUAUGGCGGGUCAUGACUAUUUAGAUUUAGACGAGCAACAUACUAUUGAUCCAGAACAAGACUGGGGUGUUGAUGCUCGCGGAAUUAAACGAACGGAUAACAAAGCUGUUAAAAGUGCAGUCAAUGAAUUUGCUAGAGAAAAAAAUAGACAAGUAUUACAAACCAUACGUGAUACUUGGCCUAGCUGGUAUAUGCGAAAGUGA